UCUGUCUCCUCGGUAUGGAAAACGUAAUAGAAUCCGAACUUACUAGACCAGUACGCGAUUUAUUUUUCGUCUUACGUCGUAAGAUGUCAAAUAAGGAACAAGCAACGUCAUUAUACAUGUUAACCGUAUCAAAGGAAUCGAAACAGCCUCAUCUUGCGAAUCCGGUUAUCUUUUAUCCUUUUUUCAGGACAUUCCGGUUUACCUUUUUGUUUGUUCGAUACGUCACUCCGGUUUAAAUCGAAUUAAAAAAAAAAAUCGGGAAGAGUUAGGAAAAAAAAAAGGAAAAUCUCAUCUCACUCUCGACGACAAGACAACACCACCCUUAGGGUUAAAAAGGUUUUAUUUAUCUUAUUAUUAUUCUCUUCUCUCUACUCGUUCCUUCUCCCUUUAAUUCCGAUUUCGAUUUGUCUUCUCCGAUUCGCUCUCUAGACACUCACAGUAGGGUUUCUAAUUCGGAUCUGUACUUUAGCCAUGGAUGCUCGUAAGAGGGGACGGCCUGAAGCUGGCUCAUUCAACUCCAAUGGCGGCGGAUUCAAGAAGUCGAAGCAAGCACUUCUGGCUGUCCUUUUGGUGAGAACUGCCAUUUCUUGCACUUUGUUCCCGGAGGAUACAAUCCUAUGGCACAGAUGACAAACAUGGGAUCACCCAUGUCUCAAGUUUCCAGAAACAUGCAAGGAUCUGGUGGUGGUGGUGGUGGAGGUCGGUUUUCGGGGAGAGGAGAGUCAGGGCCUGGCCAUGUCUCUAGCUUUGGUGCCUCAGCCACAGCCAAGAUCAGUGUGGAUGCUUCCUUGGCAGGCGCAAUCAUUGGAAAAGGUGGAGUCUGUUCGAAACAGAUAUGUCGUCAAACAGGAGCGAAGCUAUCGAUCCAAGAUCACGAGAGAGAUCCCAACCUGAAGAACAUUGAGCUUGAAGGAACAUUCGAGCAGAUAAACGAAGCGAGCGCAAUGGUUAGAGAGCUGAUUGGGAGGCUUAAUUCCGCAUCUAGGAGACCACCUGGUGGCGGUGGUGGCGGGGGUGGGCUUGGUUCUGAAGGGAAACCACAUCCAGGAAGCAACUUCAAGACGAAGAUGUGUGAGAGAUUCUCUAAAGGAAGCUGUACAUUUGGUGAUAGAUGUCACUUUGCUCACGGGGAAGCAGAGCUACGCAGGUCAUGAAUUGCGCCUAGAGUUACUGGUGAAACAAGUCUCUUUCAUUUGUUGUGGUGAUUCCUAAUAUCAUCUUCUCCUACUUGUUUUUAGUUGUCUUUGUUUUUUGAAACUACAAUGUUUAGUUUUCAUUGUCAGUGUAAGUUUUCCCCAUUUGGUGUUUUUUUAGAAUCUAGUUUGAAUUUGAGAUGGGGCAGGCUUGAUGAAUGAUUGGCAAAACAGUGGAUAGGAUUUGUGUGCUGUCUCUACUUAAUACUUCAUGUUUUCUCUGCUUUAUUUUGGUCAGCAAGUUCAUGUGUUUCUCUGA